GAGAAAAGACCUCCAUUGGUGAAUGAUGAUUAGCCUCCCUACUGCUGCAGAAAUCGAAGCGCCACUCCUCCCGCAUCGAGCACGCUGUCUCUGGCUCUCUCCGAAGUUCGGUCUCGCCCGCAACCUCGCCCGCGCCUGUGUCGUGGUGCUUGCCUUCCAUGCUGCCGUCACCUACGCCUCUGUUUCCGCCCGCAGCGCCGUCGUAGCUUGCAUCACCGUUGUUGAUUGAUGCCCGAACUUUCCGACAUUGAAUAGGUCUUCGCCGGUUGGUAUCUUUCGCCAUCAGUUCUUCUGAAAUGCUUGCUGCGAUGCCCACAGCAUCUUCGUCCAUUGUCGCCCCUGUUUACUGACUGCGAUGCACGCUUUCCAUAAAACCACACUACUCCCCAGGAUUCCCAUAACAAACGCCAUCAUCCGCCGCUCCUUCCGAUCAGAUCCCUUAUUCUAUGCCCAACUCAUCCAAACCUACGCUCGUGAUCGAGCGUUGCACCACGGCAAGAAGCUCCACGCCCACCUAAUCACCAACGGCAUCGCUUGCUUCAGCCUUGUCGCUUCCAACUUAGUUUCCUUCUAUGCUUGCUGCGGCCAACUCUCCCAUGCGCGAAAACUGUUCGAUAAAAUUCCGAAAACAAAUGUGCGCCGGUGGAUUUCCUUCAUCGGAACCUGCGCUCGCUGCAGCUUCCACCACGAGGCCAUUGCCGUGUUCUCAGAGAUGCUGGCAACCCAAACGCCCAAUCCCAAUGCGGUUUUCGUCAUUCCAAGUGUUCUCAAAGCUUGCGGCCAUGUCGGGGACCAAAUCACGGGUCAGAAGAUACAUGGGUUGAUUCUGAAGUGUUGUUUUGAGGUUGACCCUUUUGUGUCUAGCUCGUUGAUUGUAAUGUACUCGAAGUGCUUGAGAGUUGGGGACGCGCGCAAGGUGUUUGACGGAAUGGAGGUUAAGGAUUUGGUGGCUUUGAACGCACUUGUUGCUGGGUACUCCCAAGUGGGGCUUGCGGGUGAUGCUUGGAGUUUGGUGGAGAGGAUGAGAUUGAUGGGUGUGAAUCCAAAUCUAGUGACUUGGAAUAGUUUACUAUCUGGGUUUUCGCAAAAAUGUGACCUUGCUAUGGUUUCUGAAAUUUUCAGGUUGAUGACUAAGGAUGGUGUGGUCCCUGAUGUGGUGUCUUGGACUUCUGUUAUAUCUGGGUUUGUGCAGAAUUUUCGUAAUGAAGAAGCUUUCGACACUUUCAAGCAAAUGUUGCGUCAUGGGUUCUGCCCAACUUCGGCUACUAUCAGCACUCUUCUCCCUGCAUGUGCCACUGUCGAAAGAAUGAGGAUUGGGAAGGAGAUUCAUGGCUACGCUGUGGCAAUUGGGGUAGAGGAAGAUAUAUAUGUAAGGAGUGCUCUUGUUGACAUGUAUGCAAAAUGUGGCUUCAUCUCUGAAGCUAGAACACUUUUUGGUAUUAUGCCAGAGAAGAAUACAGUUACUUGGAACUCUAUCAUUUUUGGGUAUGCUAAUCACGGGUAUUGUGAUGAAGCCAUUGAGCUCUUCAAUCAAAUGGAGAUGGAAGGGAAAGCCAAGCUGGAUCAUUUAACUUUCACUGCGAUUCUCACAGCAUGCGUCCAUGCCGGUGACAUUGAACUUGGGCAGAGUCUGUUCAAGACUAUGCAAGAGAAGUAUGGAAUUGAGCCACGUCUGGAGCAUUAUGCAUGUAUGGUGGAUCUUCUUGGUAGAGCCGGGAAGGUUGACGAAGCGUACUGCAUGAUCAAGGCAAUGCCAAUUGAGCCUGAUCUGUUUGUGUGGGGUGCAUUGCUGGCUGCUUGCAGAAAUCAUGGGCAUGUGGAGCUUGCAGAAGUGGCAGCUAAGCAUCUGCUGGAGGUGGAGCCUGAGAGUGUUGGGAAUCGUCUUCUAUUGACGGGUGUGUAUGCUGAUGUAGGCAAGUGGGCAAAGGUUGAGAGGGUCAAGAAGAGGAUGAAGAAGGGGAAACAGAGAAAAUUCCAAGGGUUGAGUUGGAUAGGUAAGGUGUCUGGGUUUUGCUUCUGCAGAAAGAACAGGAUGCGUUGUUUCAUGCUCCUCAUCAGGCAACAGUUACAAUAUCUCUUGGGAGGCACCGUUGGACGACCCAGCGAAGCAAAUAAUGCUUAAGGUUAACGAGCCAUUGAGUUUACUUACGAUGUAAUUGCAAGGAAGUGGAAGCAUAACAAGAAAGGAUUUGCUCAUGAAUUUUGACAAUAUUCACCUUUGUUCACCAAAGCUUUACCAUUUCCGGCGAAAAAGACGUGUGGUCCAUUAAUUACAUCUAAUGAACUUCUAGUAUAACCUAAAACGUAUAUCUUUAUAUAUUUUGUCCUUGAAACCUAAUCCACUAGAGCCAUUGAAUUAUGAUGGAUUCCAUGACCGCAUUAUUCUAUUGUGUAAUUUAAAGAAUAAUGUUGGCAUUAGGUGCUCCUCUUUUUUAUCCAAUCAAGUUUCCUUUGAUUGUCUU